CCGAAAACCACUACACUUAACCCUAACCUCACAAAAUUUAUUUGGGUUCUAGUGGAUUUGGAUAAAAAACUAAAUUAAAUUUUGUGUGUAUUUGUGUUUGAAAUCAAUAAAAAUGGGCAAAACCUCGAAAGACAAGCGCGAUAUUUAUUAUCGCAAGGCCAAAGAACAGGGCUGGAGAGCGCGCAGCGCCUUCAAAUUGUUACAAAUCGACGAAAAAUUCAAUAUUCUGAACAACGUUACCAGAGCGGUGGAUUUGUGCGCGGCCCCUGGUAGCUGGUCCCAAGUCCUAUCUCGCAAGCUCUAUUUAAAUGAAGAAAUCAACAUCAAAGAACCGAUGCAUUUGUUUUACACGGACGCGAUUAAGGAGGCCUUGGAAGAAAAACCACCUACGACUCCUACGAGUCCGCCGAAAAAGAACGAGAGUGUAAAGAUUGUUGCUGUAGAUUUGCAGCCCAUGUCACCACUUCCCGGUGUUAUCCAAAUCCAAGGUGAUAUCACCAAAUACUCUACGGCCCAAGAAAUUAUCACCCACUUUGAAGGAGAAAAAUCUGACCUUGUUAUUUGUGAUGGAGCGCCAGACGUUACAGGACUGCAUUGUAUGGAUAUCUAUAUUCAAGCUCAAUUGCUUCUAGGAGCCCUCCACAUUACUUGUAACGUAUUGAAAACAGGAGGUACCUUUGUAGCAAAAAUCUUCAGGGGCAAAGACAGCGAUUUGCUAACAAAUCAACUGUUAACCUUGUUCCAAGAAGUUCAUGUGGCCAAGCCAAAAAGUUCCAGAAAUUCCAGCAUCGAAGCUUUCGUGGUUUGUCAAGGCUACAAUCCUCCUCAAGGGUUUGAUCCCAAAUUGAUUACCCCAUAUUUGGAUGUGUCCAAUAAGGACUUUAGCACUUUGGAGGGUAUUAACAAAGUUAUUAUUCCCUUUAUUGUGUGUGGAGAUGUUAGUGCUUACGAUUCUGACACUACUUACCCUUUGCAACUUGAAGGCGAAGCUCCUUAUGUAUAUAGAGCUCCUGUUCAGCCACCCAUUGCGCCUCCUUACAGUUUCAAACAGGAUCCUACUAAAUCUGAUAUAGAUAAUUUCUUGAAAAAAAUUGAUGAAGCUGCUAAAAGAGUGGGGCUAGGAUUGGGAGCAGAUGUAAAAGAUUUAAAUGAAACAGUGAGAAAAUUGAGCAUUUCUGAUGUUAAUUUGCCAAGUUCCUCAAAUAAUGUUAAAGGUGCAGCUCAAUUUGAUUUGCCAGAGGAUUUUUGUAAAGACGACACAAAAACUAAACAAAUGUUUGACAACGGGCCUUACUUUGAUCUGAUAACGAAAGUGGACAAAGUACAAAAACCUGAAAAGGACAAUGAAACUGAAGCUUCUGUCAACUUGAGGACUAUGGAUUUCAAACUGAUGCCAGAUUUUGAAUUUUUAUACAAAGAAGACGGCACUGAUCCGGAAAUGAUUCAGACGCUUUUGCAACACUUUUCUAUGGGGAAUAUUGUUAAUUAUACUACUUGUUUUUGUCCUGAAUGAAUAGGGCUGAGAAAGUUACAGAUAAGUAUACCGCCUAAUUCUGUAUUUAUGGCUAUUGAUUGUCUUUAAGUUAAGUAAGUAUUAUUUUGAUUUUGUAAUGUUUAUAAGUUUUAACAUUUGUUCGUUUUAAACUUCAUACUUGAAAAACAAACCUAUUUAAUUAAGAAUAAAAUCAUUAUCUUAUUUUACAUGUCUGUAUUUGUUUUGUGUGAAUUUUUUUUUACAUUUUGACCAAUUUAGAUUAUCUCUAAAAAGCCUACAUUAUUAUUAUCUUCGCCGCCUCUUAGGGCAACGACCAUAUGCAAAACGCUGCCACCUUUAAGCUUGUAGCUGGCUAAAGUUUUGUCGUCAUUCAACUGCUUGCCUUGAAAAAUUAAUCUUUGUUGUUGAGGUGGUAUACCUUCUUUUUCUUCUAGUCUUUGCUUCAAGCCUAUAAUUGUAUCUGAGGGUUGUACAUCGAUCAAACAUUCAUGUCCGUUUAAGGUGACAACUUUUAUUAUCAUUAGAAAUAGGGAAUGUUACUGGCAUUGGUAAGAUUUGUACAGUUAAUUUUGGGAAUGUAACUAAAAAGUAAUUUUUUUUUUUUGACAAUAAAAUUGUCACUGGUGCUUAUAAGUUUGACGCCCUUUUGAAAAAGUUCAUUCAUCAUCACUAAAUUUUCAGUGCCUGAUAAACUACAGAAAAAAAAAUACACCAAUGAUUCUCAGAAUUAAACCAUAUAUAGGCGAAGAAAAAUCCAUAGAAAUUGAGCCAACAGAUCAGAUUUUGACAGUUAAAGAAAAACUGCAGGAACUACAAGGAACUCCACCGGAUCAACAAAGACUGCUUUUCAAAGGGAAAAUUUUGAAAAACGAACAUACAAUUGAGAGCUAUCGGUUGAAAGAUGGCGCUCUCCUACAAAUGAUAAAAGCAUUGCGCAGCAAGUAAAUCGACAUCCCAAUUUUCAAUACAUGAUUGAAAAAUGUUUGCUAAAAGGUUCGAUUUCAUUCCGCUGGACGCCAGAACUUCCUGUAUAUAAGAAGCGAAAUGUUAAUUGUUGAUAAGAAUUCUAUACUGCCAGGCAUGCUAACCAAAAAGCUAAAUUUAAGAUACCCCUAAAAAUAAAGUUGUUUUUUCCUGCUGACAUCUUGACAUUUUAAAGAGAGAUAGUCUUUUACACGUGUACCUAUUCUUAUAUUCUAUUAUUAAUUGUUUUGUAAAAAAUAAAAUAGAAUUGAAACAAUAAUUAUUAUUAUUAGUUUCAAACAAUCAGUUUUGGCAAUUGCCCUCUCAACACUUAAAAUUCUCCAUUAAAAUGUUUCUAAUACCCAUGUGACAUAUCCUGUCCGAUUCUUUAUUAUUACCAAUUGAUUCAUUAAAAAAACCA